AUGGGCGCCGACCCCGAUGUCAAGACGACCCAAGAGGGUGGAGAUCCAGUCACCGAGACUGCGCCUGAGGAGCAAGGUGAUGUCUUUGAGAGGCGUCUUAGCAAUGCCGAGUGGGAAAAGUACAGAACAAUCAAAAGAGGCCUCAGUCCUCGUCAUGUCCAGGUCAUGGCUAUCGGAGGGAGCAUCGGUACUGGCCUUUUCGUCGGCAUCGGCGGUAGUCUCCAUCGAACUGGUCCACUGAGUCUGCUUCUCGGCUAUCUCUUCUGGGGUCUCUUGUUCAUUUGGCCUUGCUACUUGUGUGUCGCCGAGAUGAUCGCCUGGCUUCCUGUCAAAGGCAACAUUUUCGAACUUGCCGCUCGAUACGUCGAUCCUUCAUUGGGAUUUGCCAUGGGCUGGACUUACUACUUUGGUGGACAAAUGCUUGUGUGCACAGAAUACUCAGCCGUGGCUACCGUGAUGCAGUAUUGGGAACCAGCUGACAAGGUCAACCCGGCGGCAUGGGUUGCAAUGUGUAUGGUGGUAUGCUUCUUGUUGAACAUUGUCGCUGUCAAGUGGUAUGGCGAAUCUGAAUUCAUCAUGGCGUCCACCAAGAUCCUUCUGCUGAUUGGAUUAUGCCUUCUCACCUUUAUCACCAUGGUAGGAGGCAACCCAAAACAUGACGCCUAUGGAUUCCGCUAUUGGAAACACGGGCUCGCCAUGCAUGAGUACUACGGCACCGGUGUGACGGGUCGAUUCCUGGGUUGGUGGUCGGUGGUCAGAUAUGCCGCAUUUACCAUUUCCGGACCUGAUUUGAUCGCCUUGGCCGCCGGAGAGAUCCAGAACCCUCGCCGUACAGUUCCUCGAGUGGCACGGCUUGUCUUCUACCGAUUAGUCGGCUUUUAUAUCCUCGGAGUCUUUUGCGUCGGCAUCAUCUGCUCCUCUCGAGAUGCUCGUUUGAUAGGGGCGCUUGAGGACGGCUUGGCAGGUUCUGCGGCGUCCCCCUGGGUCAUCGGUAUCGAAAACUUGGCCAUCUCCGGUCUUCCGGGAUUCAUCAACGUCCUCAUCUUGCUGUCCGGAUGGUCUUGUGGAAACGCCUACCUGUACUCGACUAGUCGUACGCUGUACUCGCUCGCACGAGAUGGCCAGGCACCCAAGAUCUUCAUGAAGUGCACCAAGUCCGGGGUGCCAAUCUACAGCGUGGCAACCGUCACUUUGAUCAGUUGCAUUACCUUCUUGGUAGCUUCGGAUUCAGCGGUGACGGUGUUUUACUGGUUUGUGUCCCUGACCACCAUUGCCUUUAUUCUCGUAUACACAAGCAUGCUUUGGACAUUCAUUGGCUGGUUCCGAGCGUUGAAAGCACAAGGCAUCGACCGGAAUUCCUUACCUUACAAGGCACCGCUUGCUCCGUACUCGGCAUACUUUGCCAUCGGAAUUGGCAGUGUGACCAUGUUAUUCAUUGGAUUCGAUGUUUUCGUACCAUGGAGCACUGAAGGCUUUGUCACAAGCUAUUUCGGGCUCGCGUACGGCAUCGUUGUUUUCGGCGUUUGGAAGAUGUUCAAGCGCACCAAGUUUCAAGAUCCCAAGACCGCCGAUAUCUACAGUGGAAAGGCAGAAAUCGACGCAGAAUGUCGACACUGGGAAGAAGGUGGAUUGGGCGAAUACGAGAGAAAGAGACUUGCGAACAUGAAUAUUGUGAGGAGGACCUGGGAGAGAUUGUGGUAG